GGAGUUGGCGGAGCUGUGCUCCUCGGUUCCCGAGCCGCGCUCUCCCUUCGCGUCCCGCCGCCGCCGCACCUGGGGCCCCUGGGGCCCGCGCCAUGGCCCGAGCGCCCGGGGCGUGGAGCUGACCGAGGCCGGCGGAGCGCCAUGCCCAGCAGGACGGGUCUCAAGAUGUACGGAAGCCCCGUCCGCCACAGCGGCCGCGUCCGCCUGAAGGCGCACUACAGCGGGGACAUGCUGAUCACCAGCUUGGACCCCGCGACGACCUUCGCCGAGCUCUGUGAAGAAGUGAGAGCGAUGUGCAGGCUGCCCCAGGGGGACCCCUUCACCCUCAAGUGGGUGGACAGUGAAGGUGACCCCUGCACGGUGUCCUCCCAGAUGGAGCUGGUGGAGGCCUUCCGCCUGGCCUGUCAGCGCAAAGAUGAAGGGCUCAUCUUUCAUGUUUUCCCCAGCGCCCCCGAGCAGCCGGGCAUGCCUUGUCCUGGAGAGGACGAGUCCAUCUACCGCCGCGGAGCCAGAAGAUGGAGGAAGCUGUACCGGGCCAACGGCCAUCUCUUCCAAGCCAAGCGCUUUAACAGGAGAGCCUACUGUGGCCAGUGCAGCGAAAGGAUAUGGGGUCUCGCAAAGCAGGGCUACAGGUGCAUCAACUGCAAACUGCUGGUCCAUAAGCGCUGCCACGUCCUCGUCCCACUGACCUGCAAAAGGCGUAUGGAUUCGGUCAUGCCUUCCCAAGAGCCUGCAGUAGAUGACAAGGACGACGAUGUGGACCUUCCUUCGGAGGAGGCCGAUGGAAUUGAUUAUAUUUCUUCAACCCGAAAACAUGACAGCAUUAAAGAUGAUUCUGAGGACCUCAAGCCAGUCAUUGAUGGGAUGGAUGGAAUCAAAAUAUCUCAGGGGCUCGGGCUGCAGGACUUCGACCUGAUCAGGGUCAUCGGGCGUGGGAGCUACGCCAAGGUCCUCCUGGUGCGGCUGAAGAAGAACGACCAGGUCUACGCCAUGAAGGUGGUGAAGAAGGAGCUGGUGCACGACGACGAGGAUAUCGACUGGGUUCAGACCGAGAAGCACGUGUUCGAGCAGGCAUCCAGCAACCCUUUCCUAGUCGGCUUACACUCUUGUUUCCAGACAACGAGUCGGUUAUUCCUGGUCAUAGAGUACGUCAACGGCGGGGACCUCAUGUUCCACAUGCAGAGACAGAGGAAGCUUCCGGAGGAGCACGCCAGGUUCUAUGCUGCUGAGAUCUGUAUCGCUCUCAACUUCCUACACGAGAGGGGCAUCAUCUACCGGGACCUGAAGCUGGACAACGUCCUGCUGGACGCGGACGGCCACAUCAAGCUCACGGACUACGGCAUGUGCAAGGAAGGCCUGGGCCCUGGUGACACGACGAGCACUUUCUGCGGAACCCCGAAUUACAUCGCCCCAGAAAUCCUGCGGGGGGAGGAGUAUGGGUUCAGCGUGGACUGGUGGGCUUUGGGCGUCCUGAUGUUCGAGAUGAUGGCUGGCCGGUCCCCCUUCGACAUCAUCGCCGACAACCCUGACAUGAACACCGAGGACCACCUUUUCCAAGUCAUCCUGGAGAAGCCCAUCCGGAUACCCCGCUUCCUCUCCGUCAAAGCCUCACACGUCUUGAAAGGGUUUUUAAACAAGGACCCCAAAGAACGGCUUGGCUGCCGGCCCCAGACUGGAUUUUCUGAUAUCAAGUCUCACGCGUUCUUCCGCACCAUAGACUGGGACCUGCUGGAGAAGAAGCAGACGCUCCCGCCAUUCCAGCCGCAGAUAACUGACGACUAUGGUCUGGACAACUUCGACACACAGUUCACCAGCGAGCCCGUGCAGCUGACCCCAGACGACGAGGACGCCAUAAAGAGAAUUGACCAGUCUGAGUUUGAGGGCUUCGAGUACAUCAACCCACUGCUGUUGUCCACCGAGGAGUCUGUGUGAGGCCGUCUCUCUGUCACGGACACGUCCAUGAAUGACCCCCUAACUCUGCCCUGAACCACAGCGUAUGCAUGCCAGGCCCGGCGCAAGGCUCCGAGCACAGCCAGGGAGGGAUGCUUGCUGCUGAGAUCACAGAGGGGGCCGUCGGGGCACUUCUGGGAGCAGGAAGCUGCCACCUCAGGGCCCGCACGGCCAGCUUUAUGCCGGAGGAAUUUGCUUCCUGUGCCUGCGUCUCCAGGACCCACAGCAGCCGUGCCCAAGUGAGGAAUCAUCCCACACUUUCGAAGGCACACUUUCCACAGAAAGAGACCUGACCUGCUCGCCAGGAGAGCUGCCUGUAAUGUCCUGAGGAAUAAAGUGUGCCGAUGAUGUUGAA